AUGUCGGCAACGCCCUCCCUCACCCUCUCCGACUACCUGGAGAAGCUCUCAGGGGCAGUCUUCCGACGCCUCUACCAGCAGCCCUCCACCGCCUUUGCCAUCUUCCGGCGCAUGCUGCCGAACCUCGCCAAGACCUUCGUCAUGGCGAUCCUGUACAUGCCCACACCUCUGCUGCUCGACGACCUCGAUACCUGGGUCAAGCCCGAUGCUAAGAAGGAUCGCGACCAUGCCCUCGGGAUUCUGAGGCGCCUGCACAUAGUAUCAAUCUCGAUGGCGGUGAAGGACAAGCCACAGGAGAUGGCCCUGACCACCAACUUCAAGAACUCCCUGCGCCUGGCCCUCGAAGGCGGUGGUGAGCACCAGAGCUUCGGCGUGCCUAGUUCGCUCCCGGUGCCCGAACACGUCGACAUUGCCUUCCUCGACAAAUAUGCGCGGAAGAAGUGGGACGAUAUACUGCACUUCGUGGUGAACAGUGUCGCAAUGGGGGGUGGGGAAAGCGUGUCUGGGUCUUCUGGGCCCAAGGCCUCCGUCAAAGACCUGCUGGUGGCAGGCCGUCUAGUCGAGCGGAGGGGACUGGGAAGCGUGGGAAUCACGCAGUCAGGCUUCACGUUCCUGCUACAAGAGGCGAACGCGCAGGUGUGGACGCUGCUGCUGCAGUGGUUGGAGGCGGCUGACCAGGCGCGCAAGGAGGCAGAGCAGGCAGGCAGAGAGUCCAAGCUAGACAGUGUCGACAUGCUAAGUUUCCUAUUCAUGCUUGCCAGCCUGGAGCUAGGGAGGGCCUACGACACGAACGCACUGACUGAGAAACGUCAGAACAUGCUUCCGAACCUGGUGGACUUUGGCCUGGUCUACAUCGAUACGACCAACCACCACCAGUACUUCCCAACUCGGCUUGCCACGACCCUCACGAGCGGCGCAUCGGCACUGCGUAGUGUGUCAUCAGGCUUUGAUGCCGCCAUAGCUGCCGGCCACGGGGAAGGGGGCGGCGGGGCCGGCGAGAGCGGGCAGCACAAGGGCUUCAUCAUCGUCGAGACCAACUACCGCAUCUACGCGUACACGACGUCGCCGCUGCAGAUAUGCGUGCUGUCGCUCUUUUGCCACCUGCGGCACCGGUUCUCGGGCAUGGUGACGGGCCGGCUGACGCGCGACUCGAUCCGCAAGGCUAUCAGCUACGGCAUCACGGCGGACCAGAUCGUGUCAUACCUGGCAACGCACGCGCACGAGCAGAUGCACCGCGUCGCGCAGCUCAACACCAAGCCCGUGCUGCCGCCCACGGUGGUCGACCAGAUUCGCCUUUGGCAGCUCGAGAACGAGCGCAUGCGCGCCACCCCGGGCUUCCUGUUCAAGGACUUCGACUCCAAGGCCGAGUACGACGCCCUCUCGCGCUACGCCGAGGAGAUCGGCGUCCUGGUCUGGCGCAGCGACGCCCGCCAGACCUUCUUCGCCAGCAAGGUCGAGCAGCUGGCAGAAUACCUGAGGCUGUGGAAAAAGGCGAACUAG